AUGAGACACUUCUCCCAGCACACUGUUGUUGAUGAUGAGCCUCGAGACCCCGUGAUUAACCUCGAAAGAGCAAGAGACCUAUUUGCCGACAAGCAUGGACUCUACUCUAAGAUAGCACUGCUCACGGAACGCCUGAAGUUCCCGGAUACCCCCAUCCGAAUUGGUCUUCUCGGCGCCAAAGGCUCUCUGUUGAAUUCCAUAUUGGCCGACCCAUUUGCAUCAAACCAGUCCUGGUACGAACAAUUCCAGUUGAGAUCCCACGAGGACGAUGUCGUUGUGAAGUUCAGCCAUUCCUUUGAACAAUCAGGAAAUGUUUAUAACGUUCCUUCUCCGUUCCUAAGUGAGAGGAACUUGGAAUUCGUCGAGUUGAAACAUUUGAGUCCAGCAGAGGACGGCUGUCAUUGCUACAUCAGUUUCCAGAAUGGCGUGCCUUUAGACACGCAGAGCUGGCCAGUGUAUCAAUACGUUGAUAUUCCAAACAAUGAUCUCGGGAAUCCACCACCUCUGGCUCAGAACGAGGUGUGUUCCGAGAUUUCGCAGAGCGCAGUGGACCUUCUAAUCGAGUCACCGCAGAAUGCUACCAUCUAUACUAAGCUGUAUGGAGAAUCUCAUAUAUCUGAGUUCAUCAAGCUGAUUUCAGCUAUAUCUGAGCCGUACACCGUCAUUUCAAAGCUCUACAACUCUGUGAGAAAGAACUUGGACGAACAGAAUGCGGUUCAUUCAAUGACGGUCGAUGAACUGUCGCAAAGGGAUGGAAAGAUCCGUAAAUUCAUCUCACAAUGGGACGAAGAAUCACACCAUGAAUUGCAGACGAGCUUCAAGGCUCAUGUCAAUGAAUAUGAGGCGAGACAGUUACCCUGGUGGAAAUUGUACUACAGAGCAGACGACGUGCAGGCUAUCUUUGCCGAAAUGUUGAAAGAUGGAAUCCUUACUGAUUCGCUGAAGAACUAUAGCUACGUAAAGGGACAGAUAGACUCCUUCACGAGUUUCCAAUUGGAGGAGAAGCCACAUUUCCGUUCAAAACUGGAGGCACUCGACCAUAACGAACUGACAACUCUCAAGAGAAACGUUAUACAGACGGAUCUUCUUCAGCUACAGAACAGAGCUGUAAAGAUAAUCAUGUUAAACGUUCUUACACUCCAAUUACCAUUUGUGCUAUUGGCCAUCCCUGGCUCCAUAGUCUAUGACUUCUCCACCUAUUCGAUGGUUGGGCUGGCCUCAUUAGGCAUCUUCAUGGGGUUCAACAGGAUCUCCAGAGAGUGGUUGAGAGAAGUUGAGAGCUUCAAACAAGACCUCUUUGAAAAGACCAGAUUAGCAAUCCUUGAUGUCAAUAGAAGCCUGUAUGAAGAUUGGGCUUUUAAAUAUGAAGAAGAGAGAACACUCAUAUACAAGAGACAGCAAGCCAUUGAAGCACUUGAAGAGGACUUGGGGUUAUGA